AUGCUCACCCUACCGAAGCUGACGAAGGGUGGAGUGCCCUGGAUGAGGGCCCUGAUGAAACAGACUGCUGGUGAUAAACUAUGCUGGGGAGAUAUACAUGCCGCCCUGAUCAAAGCCGCAGAUGAAACAGUCGCAGAAAGAAUUGAAGCUGCAGUUGGAAGGAAGAUCAGAAUACCACUACGGAAGACUGCUGCCAUUCAGAUGUUCCGUGAAGCAUUGGAGGAAGAACUGAAGACGAGAUAUCCAUGCACUCUGACGGAUGAACUCAUGUCCCUGCAGAUGAAAAAUGAUGAAGACUACUACAGCUACAAACAACGAGCUAAAACUCUAUAUCAUGAUGCUACAGGGGGCCUUCCGUACCCGUUUUGCUCCAGUCCCGGCUCAAGUUCCUGCUCCAGCUCUGAGGCUUCACGUCCCGGCCCCGGCUUCACGUCCCGGCCCCGGCUUCACGUCCCGGCCCCGGCUUCACGUCCCGGCCCCGGCUUCACGUCCCGGCCCCGGCUUCACGUCCCGGCCCCGGCUUCACGCCCCGGCUUCACGUCCCGGCCCCGGCUUCACGUCCCGGCCCCGGCUUCACGCCCCGGCUUCACGUCCCGGCCCCGGCUUCACGUCCCGGCCCCGGCUUCACGUCCCGGCCCCGGCUUCACGUCCCGGCCCCGGCUUCACGUCCCGGCCCCGCUUCACGUCCCGGCCCCGGCUUCACAGCAAAAGAUGGACAUGUCAUAUCAUCGUACGCUGUGGUUCAACAGCUGUCCAAUGGACAACAUCAAGUACUGGAAGCUCAACAAUUGA